CAGGGUGACGCGCGAUGAUGGCGCUGCGGGCGAGCGGCCGGUGCGCGGGGACACUGGGCCGUUUAACGGUCGUGAGGCGGUGCGCGCGCCCAACGGCGGGAGGGCGAGACGGCAGCAGAUGGGAGGGAGUUGUGGGAUUGGAAGUUCAUGCUCAGCUAUGUUGCAACUCCAAACUUUUCUCUGGGUCACAUGUGCAAUUUUCAGCACCUCCAAAUUCAUUGGUAUCAUAUUUAGAUGCUUCACUUCCAGGCACGUUACCAGUUCUAAAUAAGCAUUGUGUAGAAGGAGCUGUGAAGACAGCCUUGGCUGUAAACUGUACUAUCAAUAAGAAAUCCACCUUUGACAGAAAACACUACUUCUACGCUGACCUGCCAGUCGGAUAUCAGAUUACACAACAGAGAUGUCCAAUUGCCGUAGAUGGAAACCUUGCAUACAGCCUUUCUGUUGGGAAGAACAAUAUGAUACCCAAGUCUGUACGAAUCAAACAGAUCCAACUGGAGCAAGAUAGUGGCAAAAGCCUACAUGAUGAUGCAAGAACUCAAACAUUAAUUGAUUUAAAUAGGGCUGGGGUUGGUUUGAUCGAGAUUGUUAUGGAACCAGAUAUGCAUUGUGGCGAUGAAGCUGCAGCAGCGGUUAGGGAGCUUCAACUUAUUCUACAGACACUUGGGACAAGCCAUGGAAAUAUGGCAGAGGGACAGUUAAGAGUGGAUGCCAACAUUUCAGUACAUCAACCUGGGGAACCAUAUGGCGUGAGAACUGAAGUGAAAAAUAUUAACAGUGCCCGAUUUCUGGCAAGAGCAAUCGAUUAUGAAAUUCAGAGGCAGAUUGAAGUACUGGAGAAUGGUGGGAAGAUAUUAAAUGAAACCAGAGCAUUUGAUUAUAAAUCAGGACAGACCAUAUCUAUGAGAGACAAAGAGGGAAAACAAGACUACAGGUUUAUGCCAGAGCCAAAUUUGCCUCCAUUGAUCAUUUAUGACAAUGAGACACUACCUGCUAAUAUGAAUCCUCAACAAGUGGUGAAUAUUGACAGUAUUCGUGAACAGCUGCCUGAGCUACCUUGUGUUAAAAGAACAAGACUGGUGGAAAAGUAUGGUAUUCGUAAUGAACACAGCUUCACAUUGGUGAAUGAAGAUGGGCUUGUACAAUUCUAUGAACGUGUUGUAGAACAGACCCAAGCUAGUCCAAAGAAGAUAAUUGGUUGGGUAAUUAAUGACUUCCUGGCACUCCUGAAGCAAGAUAAUUUCAAAGUUCACCAAAGCCCCAUCAGUCCCACUGAUAUGGCGGAAGUGCUUAAUCUCUUGGAAGAUAGAUUAAUAUCUUCCUCAGUAGCAAAACAAGUACUUGUUGAACUGUGGAAGGGCGAUGGUAAAACUGCAACCCAGAUAGUUGAACUAAAAGAAUUGGGACUGAUCAAAGACCAGAAGAAAUUAGAACAGAUCUGUCAAAGUGUUAUUGAAAAUCAUCCUACAGAAGUUUCUGAAAUACGGCAAGGAAAUUGGAAAGUGAUAAACAAACUGAUUGGCCAGGUUCAGAGAGCAACACAUGGCCGUACAUCCCCUUCACUGGUGAAAUCCAUUUUAGAAAAGAAAUUGUCCUAAAAGUUGCAACCACAUCAAUUAAGAUGGAUGGCAGAGCUUGUUGAGAUUUUACAUUUGCAAGCCAAUCUGUUACCAUAGCUUUGGGAUUGCAUCCGUCAUACAAGAGAUUCUGGAGAUUCUGCUAUAAACGGAGGUUAAUGAUGCCGUAUAAUUUUAAAAGUUGUGUCAUCUGCAUUAUUUGCACAGAGAUGUUUAUUAAUAUAAUGAUGAAUUGCAACCAGAUUGUGCACCAGUUAUGGAAAAUAUACUAGUUUUCAAUAAAUGUAAAUAAAAUGAUAAAUAAAAUAAGAUGUAUCUGUAUCAUUCAA